UCAUGUUUUAAAAUAUCGACGGCAGUGCGCUUUAUCACGAAACAGCGUCCCUACUUGCCAAUUGAAGUUUAUUUGAGUUUUAAGCACUGUUAAUGCCGGCUGGGCAGCGUAUAAAUAGAUUUAGAUCUGUUUAGUGGAUCGCAAAGAACGCUUGGUUACCGGAAUACACCAUUCUAACACAUACGUAAAAUAAAAUAAUAAUAAUAAUAAAAUCAAAUAAUUCGAAAAGGACGUGUUUAUAACAUGAAAAAUGCAAGUCAUUCGUAUUUUACGCAACUCGUUCGUUAUCGUGUUUUUCCUUUUCAAUUUCUGUCGAACCAUCGAAGCCAAUGCGCAGCCUGCUGUUUCCGGACUCAUGGAUAAUAUUGCCGGCACUUCACCGGCUGCCAGCAGCGUUGUGAUGCAAGAACAGAAGUCAAUGCAUAGUCUGCUAAAUGCUGAUAAGUUGGAGUCACCAUCAGCAGCUGCAGGUGAUGUUGGAGUUGCGGAGAGGGACGAGAAGGCGAGUGGUAGUCGCCAGACACGCCAAGUUAUAUUUCCAUAUGGUGGUUAUGGUGGCUAUGGUCAUUAUUAUGGCGGCUAUCCCUACUAUUAUCCUUACAGCUACUACACUUACAGACCCUACUACUACUACAAGCCGACCUACAGUUAUGGCCUUCCCUACUACUUAUAUGGCUAACUGAGCUGCUGAUUCGGUGAUAACGUGAAUUUAAUUUUUAUGUUUACAAUUAUUUUUCAUUAAUUUUAUCGGGAGAUUAUUAUAUUGAGCCUGUGACAAACAAGAAACAAUAUUUAAGUGCAAGUUAUGAUCAAUAAAUUAAUGCAGCUUGAACUACAAAAUUAUGAUUUAA